GGGAGCAGGGGCUGGGCCGGGUGGCGCUCGUGGGCGGUCCAGGGAGCCGCUCUAGUCUGGGGACAGCGGAUCCGGACUCGGGGGACCCCGGGUCCCCGAGGACACCGCCCACAGCCUGCGCCAGGGCCGGGCCGGGCCGGGGAGGGCCGAGGCGCGCGGGCGCCCGUGUCCGCAGCGCGCACCGGGCCUUGGGGCGCAGGGCGCAGGGCUGGGGCUCCCCGGCGGCGGCGGUUCCCAAAGCUCCGAGACACCCCCGGACUGGGCCGAACCGAACCGAACCGAGCCGAACCGAACCGAGCCGAGGGCGGGGCGGGGCUUGGGGCCUCCCAUUCGGGGUUCGGGCUCUGCGCGGCGGCGGUGGCGGUGGCGGCUGCGGGGACCGAGUUCAUGAGUUCGCCCAGCCUGAGCGACCUGGGCAAGCGAGAAGCGGCCGCCGACGAGCGGGGCACGCAGCAGCGCCGGGCCUGCGCCGCCGCCACCGCCACCGCCACCUGGAACCGCAUCCACAACGGGGUGAUUGCUGUCUUCCAGCGCAAAGGGCUGCCGGACCGAGAGCUCUUCCUCCUCAACGAGGGUGUCCGGCAGCUGCUGAAGACAGAGUUGGGGUCUUUCUUCACUGAGUACCUGCAGAACCAGCUGCUGACCAAGGGCAUGGUGAUCCUGCGGGACAAGAUCCGCUUCUACGAGGGACAGAAGCUUCUGGACUCUCUGGCCGAGACCUGGGAUUUCUUCUUCAGUGACGUGCUCCCCACACUGCAGGCCGUGUUCUACCCUGUGCAGGGCAAAGAGCCAUCCGUGCGACAGCUGGCCCUGCUGCACUUCCGGGACACCAUCGCCCUCAGCGUGCGGCUGGACGACGCACUGACCCGCAGCCACGCCCGGGUGCCCCCUGCCAUCGUGCAGAUGCUACUGGUGUUGCAGGGCGUGCACGAGUCCCGAGGAGUGACCAAGGACUACCUGCGCCUGGAGACGCUGGUGCAGAAGGUGGUGUCACCCUACCUGGGCACCUACGGCCUCUGCUCCAGCGAGGGCCCCUGCACCCACUCCUGUGUCCUGGAGAAACACUUCCUGCGUGGCUCCCGCCCCGGGGACGUCCCCUCCAAGAACCCUGUGGUUCGCUCCAAGAGCUACAACACACCGCUGCUGAACCCCGUGGCCGAACACGAGGCAGAGGGGGCGGCCGCAGGGGGCUCCGGGGUGCGCAGACACUCGGUGUCCGAGAUGACGUCCUGCCCGGAUCCCCAGGGCUUCGGUGACUCUCCGACCUCACCGUGCCCAGAAGGGCCUGGCCCUGGCGGACUGUACCCCGACGGCUCGCCCGCCUCCAGCCCCGAGAACCUGCUGGACCACAUCCUGGAGUCAGUGGACUCGGAUGCUGGGGGCAUCUUCAUUGACUUCGGACGGGGCAGCCGCUCAGACACAGCCGAGUUGGGGGGCUCAGGGGACCAGCAGAGUGUCUUGUGAGCCCAGAGUCCGUGCUGACCCCUCCUUGGGGUGUGCCUGAGCGAGUCUGGGGUACCUUGGCCCUCUGCACCUCUGGUCUUCCCGAGUGUCAGAAAGGCCCGUUUCCCGGGAAGGGCCCCCCACAUGCCGUCUGGGGUGCAGCUCAGCUUUGGGGCCACCAGGACGUCGGACGUCUGCGCCCAGAGCUGAAUGAGGGGCUGGGGACCCCCGGGGUGGCCUCCUGAGGGACUGGCCCCGAACCCGGGUGUGGACAGAGGAAUAAACACUUACAUUCUAGC